GCUAGUCCACUCCCAAGUCGUCUUUCUCUUUUUCACACCGUCUCAAUUCACACAAAUAUGUUGAGUCUUAAUCACUAAGUAAUUCAGAAGAAUCUAGUAAAGCCUCUAAUAUUACUCAAAAAAAUCAACUUGUCUUUUCCUAGAGAGUUUCCUCUAUUCUAUAUAAGCAGGUCGUCUUAAGUUUUUGUUGCAUAGACUACAAAACUUUGUUAGUAUCACGAAAAAGAGAAACAAAGAGACUGAUUAGGGAAAUGGCUGGGGACGAUUCUCAUGAUCUGAUGAAGCUACUUGGUUCUUCAGACCGUGACUUUCUCAUUCGCAACAACGGUGACCAGGUUAAGCUUGAUGCUUUAAAGGAGAAAAAAGUUGGUUUGUAUUUUUCAGCAUCAUGGUGUGGUCCAUGCCAACAUUUCACCCCGAAUUUGGUAGAGGCGUACAAUGAGCUCCUACCAAAAGGAGACUUUGAAGUUGUUUUCCUUACUGCUGACGAGGAUGAUGAAUCAUUUAAGGAGUACUUCUCUAAAAUGCCGUGGCUCGCUGUCCCAUUCUCUGAUUCUGAAACACGUAAACGUCUGAAUGAAUUGUUUGCUGUUAAGGGAAUACCCCACUUAGUGAUCCUUGAUGACAGUGGAAAGGUAGUGACAGAUAACGGGGUUGAGAUCAUCCUUGAGCAUGGGGUGGAAGGUUACCCUUUUACUCAAGAACGGCUAAAUGAACUUAAAGAGCAAGAAGAAGCAGCUAAAAGAGAACAAUCUUUGAAAUCUAUCUUGGAGUCACAAUCAAGAAACUAUGUAGUUGCAGUUGAUGGGAGGAAGGUACCUGUUGCUGAGCUUGAAGGCAAGAUUGUAGGCCUGUAUUUCUCAAUGACCUCUUUCGAAGAAUGUGAAUCAUUUACUCGGAUGCUGAUCGAUAUGUAUGACAAGUUGAAGGCGCAGGGGGAAAACUUUGAGGUUGUGAUGAUUCCCCUUGAUGGUGAAGAUGAUGAUGAAUCUUUUAAGAAAGAGUUUGCAAGCAUGCCUUGGUAUUCACUUCCCUUAAAAGACAGGACUUGUGAGAAGCUCGCCCGGUACUUUGAGCUCUCUACCCUUCCUACCUUAGUCAUCAUUGGAACAGAUGGGAAGACUCUUCAUUCUAAUGUUGCUGAAGCCAUCGAGGAGCAUGGCAUCCUGGCAUAUCCUUUUACCCCCGAGAAGUUUGCUGAACUUGAGCAGAUAGAGAAAGCUAAGCGAGAAGCACAAACACUGGAGUCAAUUUUGGUCACUGGAGAUCAUGAUUUCGUCAUUGGAAAAGAUGGUGAAAAGAUUCUGGUGUCUGAUCUUGUAGGGAAGAAUAUUCUCCUUUACUUCUCAGCACACUGGUGUCCGCCAUGCCGUGCUUUUACACCAAAGCUUAAAGAAGCAUAUGAGAAGAUUAAAACCAAAAAUGGUCCAUUGGAAGUGAUUUUCAUAUCUAGUGAUCAAGAUCAAGCCUCGUUUGAUGACUAUUUUGCUACAAUGCCAUGGCUCGCUCUUCCCUUUGGCGAUGAAAGGAAGGCAUCCUUGAGUCGCCUUUUCAAAGUUCAAGGCAUACCAACAUUGGUUGCUAUAGGGCCAUCGGGCAAGACUAUUACAACUGGGGCCAGAAACAUGAUCAUGCGUCAUGGUGCUGAGGCUUUUCCAUUCACCGAGGAGCGUAUGAAGGAAAUCGAGGCAGACAUUGCAGAGAAAAAAGAAAACAACUUGGAUCCGGAGGUAGAUCAGAAGGAGCAAGGCAAAGAUGAAAAGAAACCAAACGAAGGAUGGGUUUGUGAUGGUGAAGUUUGUUCCAAAAGUUAAUUUGGUUAUUAUGGGUUCUUAGGUUUUAAUCUUGUUUUAUGACUAUGUAGUACUACGUGUCUUAUUCAGACAGAACUAUGUUUCAUUAUAAGGCACAUUUAAUAAAGAUCAUUCUGUGGUACUACAGUCCAUAUGCUCACUCCCUUCUGUAGAUGUCAGAUCAAAGAUGGCACUUAAUCUUGACUGGAAAAGCUAAGUUUAUCUUGGUUUCAAUUAAUGUAAAACUUCAUGUCAAUCUGGUCAGGAAAUUUUACUUUCUCCAUGGUAAAAUUCCUUUGAAAGGAAAAUAAGGGGAUAGCAGACAAA